AAUUAGCCCGCGUGUUCAUUUGCAUGUGAUGAUUGACAGCAGUGCGAGGGUCAAAGAUGGAAAAGGUACAGUCCUAUUUAACGUUGGAUGAAGAUGACUUGCUCUCUGACCUAAGCAGUGGGGACCUAGAGAUGUUGCUAUCAUUCCUGGUGGGUAAGGUACAUGAAAUCGAAGUGAGAGUGAGCACAGAGAAGGAUGAGAUCAUGAGACUUGAGACAGAAAGAGCACAAUAUGUCACAGAAAGAGACAACUGUCUGUCACUGGCAGCACAGAUUGUGCAUUUGCAUCCAGUAUUGGAAGAGGAAUUCAAGACUCGAGAACAACUUCAAGCUGUUGCAUCUGAGCUGAAAAGGCUGAAAAAGGAUAUUGCUCAAGAUACCAGUGAGCAGACAGAUGCGGCCAAAUUAGAACAGUUGAUAGCUGAAUCAGAAACCAUGAUAACCUCUCUCCAUCAGAAACAGCGUAUGUUUAAAAGUGAGAAAAUUCAUCUGACUAAGGUACUGGAGACCACCCAAAAUACGCUUUCCGAGGCACAGGCAGAAAGCCAUGCAGCUGAUCAGGAGCUGCUUCGCUUGCAGAAGGAAUGUACUGAGCAAGCUAAUGUGAAGUCUUUGGGGGAUAAUGAAGCCGACAGACAGCUGGAUGCCUGCAUCAGACAGCUGGGAGUGUUAAACCUCCUCGCUAGGAAGAAGUGAACUUCUGUCUCCAGCAGGGGAUAUGUGUUAGUCAGCAGACCUGAAGUUCCAAAUUCCACUUGCAGAAGAUGUAAGCAAGUAGGAGGUGUGUGGCCACCAGUACGCUGAGCCCCUCUUGUAGGAGGCAUGGGAAGAGACACCAUCUGGAGCGUAGCUGUACCAGGUUAAGCAGCCUGACCGCUCCCCAAUUUGAUUUCAUUUUACUUCAUUCACCUUCCAGCUGUCCACCAGGACAUAGCAGCAAAAUAUUUGAUUGUUCUUCCCCAGUCUCGUCUUCUCUGGAUGCUGCAUGGGGGACAUGAAGCAAAACCUGCUGUAUGAUGAAUUCUGCUACUCUCUGUUUCAUGUAUGCAGGGUUUUAUUUUCAUAAAUAUUGAGACUAGUCCAA